GGAUCCAUCUUGCCUGAGAUCAUUUCCCCUCUGCAGCCGUCACGUGUAAUCCGGAGCCAAUCCUGUUAGAGCCGGGAAUGAAUGAGCCCUGCCAGAGCCCCUCACUCCCAACCCGCAGCCCCUGCUAUCUCCUCCCCUGUAUGCACCUGCCUUGCACCUGUGCCUGCAGCACUCCUGGCGCUAUCCAGGCAGGAUUCCUGGUCCCUGACUCCGGGAUGGAGCACAGGGAUGAGCCAUGUGUCCAGGAUCUCCAGGGUGCCGAGGAAAGGGGGACCCUGACCGUCAGUUGCACAGUAGGUGCUGGGAUGGAGGAGGAUAAUCCCGAGCAGGAAGGGGCUGCAGGAAGGGAGCCUCGCGGGAUGUCCUGGAGCGCUGAGCAGGGAGAGGCCAGUGGGGCUGGACGGCAGCAGGAGACAGAGGUGAUAUCUGCAGAUGAGACGGACAUCAGGGUGGUGACGGAGCACAACCACACCCAGGCUGAGGCGCGCCCCUACAGCUGCUCGGACUGCGGGAAGAGCUUCAGCCAGAGCUCCCACCUGGUCCAGCACCAGCGCACCCACACGGGCCAGAAGCCCUACAAGUGCACUGAGUGCGGGAAGUGCUUUGUCCUCAGCUACAACCUCAUCGAUCACCAGCGCAUCCACACCGGGGAGCGCCCCUACAAGUGUGGCCAGUGUGGGAAGGGCUUCAUCCGGAGUUCCCACCUCUUCCAGCACCAGCGCAUCCACACGGGCGAGCGGCCCUACCGGUGCACCAAGUGCGGGAAGAGUUUCAACCGCAAUUACACCCUGGUGAAGCAUUACCACACCCACGUCAGGGAGCAGCCCUUCAUCUGCAGCGAGUGCGGGAAGAGCUUCAGCUUUGGCUCCUUCGCUCAGCACAUCCGCACCCACACAGGUGAAAAGCCCUACAGCUGUGCUGAGUGCGGCGAGAGUUUCAGCAGCAGUUCCAACUUGAGCCAGCACCGACGCAUCCACACUGGGGAGAAACCUUACAGAUGUGGCCACUGCGGGAAAAGCUUCAGACAGAGCUCCAACCUCAUCAAGCACCGGCGCAUCCACACCGGAGAGAGACCCUACAGCUGCCCCGAGUGUGGCAAAACCUUCAACCAGAGCUCAUCGCUCAUGCAGCACCGGCGGAUCCACCGCGGCGAGCGGCCCUACGAGUGCACCGAGUGCGGGAAGCGUUUCAUCGACAGCUCCAACCUCAACAAGCACCGGCGCACCCACACCGGUGAGCGGCCCUACAAAUGCACCGACUGCGGGAAGGGCUUCAGAGACAGCUCCGCCCUCAUGAAACACCAGCGGACCCACACAGCAGAGAAACCCUACAAAUGCCACGAGUGCAACAAAAGCUACAGCCUGAGCUCGAACUUGAGCCGCCAUCGCAGGAGCCACACGGGGGAGAGAUCCCACAAAUGUGCCCAGUGCGGGAAGAGCUUCCACUUCAGCUCCCAGCUUGUCCAGCACCAGAUCAGCCACACUGGGGAGCGACCCUACAAAUGCCCUGACUGCGGGAAGAGCUUUGGUGUGAGCUCCAACCUUCUCCAGCACCAGCGCAUCCACUGGGUGGAGCGACCCUACAGCUGUGCCAACUGCGGGAAGAGCUUUGGCCACAGCUCCCUCUUGGCCCAGCACCAGCGCAUCCACAUGGACGAGAGACCCUACAAGUGUGGGGAGUGCGGGAAGGCUUUUGGGGUGAGCUCGGCCCUGAUCCGACACCAGCGGAUCCACACAGGUGAGAGGCCUUACAAGUGUCUGGUUUGCGGGAAGAGCUUCAACCUUAGCUCCAACCUCUUCACCCAUCGCAGGAUCCACUGGGAUGAGAAACCUUAUAAAUGCCCUGAAUGCGGGAGGAGCUUCAGCCAGAGCUCAAGCCUCAGACGCCACCAGAUCAGCCAUACGGGAGAACGACCAUACAAAUGCCCUGAGUGUGGAAAGUGCUUCAGCCAGAGCUCCCUCCUGAUCCGGCAUCAGCGGAUCCACACGGGGGAGCGACCCUACAGAUGCUCCCAGUGCUGGAAGAGCUUCCUACGGAGCUCCCAGCUGAAGAGACACCAGAGAGUCCACAUUAGGUGGGACAGGCUCCCAGCCCCAGCCCGUUCCCACCCCCUUAGUUCCUGCCCCAGCAGCCCUGGGGACUGGGGCUGGAGCAGCCGGCGCUCCCUGGUGGGUCCCCCUGGGGGGCUUUUGGAGGAGACGCCGAGGCCGCUCUGCAGGGACGUCAUGCAGGAGAAUGACAAGACCUCAAUCUCGCUGGCAGGUUCCAGGACCAAGAAUAGGAAUCCCCAGCAAGAAGAGCCUGCGGGGGCGGAACUGCAAGGGAUGCCCCAGAGUCCUGAGCAGGGAGAUGCUGGCCAAAGCCAGGGAAGGAGAGGACAGCAGCAGGGAGAGACAGAGGGAGAACCCACUGAUGAAGAAUGUUCUAAGAAGCUCCUUGGCUUGCAAAGAAUCUGCACAGCAGAGAGACCCUAUAAGUGCCCUGAAUGCGGGAAAAGCUUCACCCAGAGCUCUAUGCUCAUCCGCCACGAGAGAUCCCACACGGGAGAAAAACCCUACACAUGCUCUGUGUGCGGGAAGAGUUUUAGUCAGAGGUCCAAUCACAUGCAGCAUCAGAGGAUCCACACGGGGGAGCGACCCUAUAAAUGCACUGACUGUGGGAAGAGCUUCUCUCUGAGCUCCCGCCUGCUCCAGCAUCAGAUGGUGCAUACUGGAGAGCGGCCUUACAAAUGCCCUGACUGUGGGAAGAGCUUCAACCAGAAGUCGAAUCUGAAGCAGCACCAGAGAAUCCACACAGGGGAGCGACCAUACCGACGCCCUGAUUAUGGAGAAAGCCACUCUCUGAGCCCACCCCAGGGGAUCCAUAAAGUAGAGAGACCCUAUAAGUGUCCCCAGUGUGGAAAAUGCUUCCGUGUGAGCUCGCACCUUAUUAGACACCAAGUCACCCACACAGGAGAGCGACCCUAUAAAUGCUCCAUCUGCGGAAGAAGCUUCUCCCUGAGCUCUCACCUCAUCCGGCACCGGAUAGUCCACACAGAGGAUAAACCCUACGUCUGCACUGAGUGUGGGAAGAAGUUUAGCCUGAGCUCCAGGCUCGAUAGGCACCUGAGAACCCACACGGGAGAGAGACCCUAUAAAUGCCCCAACUGCGGGAGCGGCUUCGUCGACAGCUCUGCUCUUAUUAAGCACCAGCGGAUUCACACUGGGGAGAGACCCUAUACCUGCCCUGAAUGUGGGAAGAGCUUUGGUCGGAGCUCGUACCUUAUCACCCAUCAGAGAACCCAUACGGGAGAGAGACCCUAUAAAUGCCCCGACUGCGGGAAAAGCUUUGUCGGCAGCUCUGAUCUUAAUAAACACCAGCGCACCCACACGGGAGAGCGCCCCUACAACUGCCCUGAAUGUGGGAAGAGCUUCAGCCGGAGCUCAAACCUCAUUGCCCAUCAGAGAAUCCACACGCGUUCCUUCAGUCCUGCUCAGGGAUGUGGAGCGGAGCUGCCCAGGAUGUCCCAGAGCCCCGAGCGGGGAGACACCGAUGGGACAGAACAGCAAUGGAGAGCCUCCCCAACAGGGAAACUGAGUCAAUCCAGAGCUGGUGUCGAAGCUGAAUAUGACAUGGUGUCUCGGGGAACCCAGGCAGGGGAGAGAGCGAAUACGUGCCCCAAGUGUGGGAAAAGCUUCCCUUGGAGCUCCCGGCUCCUCCGACACCAGAGAUCCCACACCGGGGAGCGCCCCUACCAGUGCCCUGACUGUGGGAAGGGCUUCGGCGAGAGCUCGGCCCUGAUCCAGCACCAGCGCACCCACACCGGGGAGCGCCCUUACAGCUGCAGUGUGUGCGGGAAGAGUUUCAGCCUGAGCUCCCACCUGAUCCGCCACCAGCGCACCCACACGGGGGAGCGCCCCUACCAAUGCCCCGACUGCGGGAAGGGCUUCCUGCAGCUCUCCCAGCUCACCCUGCACUGCCGGACCCACACGGGAGAGAGACCCUAUAAAUGCCCUGACUGCGGGAAAGGCUUCAGUGAGAUCCCCAACCUGCACCGGCACCAGCGCAGCCACACGGGGGAGCGGCCCUAUAAAUGCUCCGACUGCGGGAAGGGCUUUGCUCAGAGCUGCCACCUCCUGCAGCACCAGCGCACCCACACAGGGGAGCGGCCCUACAGGUGCCCCUGUGGGAGGGGUUUUGUCCGGAGCUCCCAGCUGAUCCGGCACCGGACAGUUCAUACAGGGGAGAAACCGUACAAAUGUCCCAUCUGCGAGAAAUGCUUCACUCAAGGAUCCACCCUGGCCAGCCAUCUGCGGAUCCACACCAGGGAGAGACCCUUCAAAUGCCCCCAGUGCGGGAAGAACUUUGUUCGGAGCUCCCACCUUAUUACACACCGGAGAACCCAUACAGCAUAGAACGCCAUGCGCACACACCCCCAUACGUGUCCCAGCCCUGGGGUGUGUGUUAGCCAAGGUUCAUCCCCUAAAACACCCCUUAAAGCCCACACAUGUGGCUCCUUCCAUACAUGUUCCCUCCUGCGCAGAGGUACAGCUAAGGCACAUUCAACAUUUUUAGGGGCCUCAUUUAUUUCAGCAACCGCUUGGAUUGAAUCCCUUGAUUUCCAGCCAGACUGCUAG